AUGGCCGCCAUCGCGCAGACGUCCGAUGCGCAGAUGAAGGCGGCGCUGGCGGCUGAGCUAGCUAAAGUUGAGGUGCAGCCCCCACAGCAUGUCGCCUCGCCAGCUGAUGAGGUUCGACGCACGGACGCUGCGUGGCGAGAUGCGGAGGUGAAGCACGAUCAGGCGGCCAAGGCAGUCCAGCGAUUCCGAGGCCAGCUAGAGCAGGCGGAGGCCAAGGAGCAGCUAGCGGCCAGGUCGCUGGCGCAGGCUGCCACUGCCACGUCUCAGGCCGCGCAGGCCAUCGCUAAGGCUGAUGGCGUGCUCAUCACUCCCGACAACGUGGACGGCGACGACAAGGGACCCAGGUCUCUGUUCCAUUUGUCCUGGGACCAGGAGCUGUUCGCCAACAUCGACCAGCUCGAGCACGAGCAAAGCGAGAAGGAAAACUUGGCGCAACUAGAGAGGGACCUAGUCAGCACCAAGGACACUUGGAAGUCCAAGGAGGAGGAGGUGCAAGCUUGGUUGCGACGAGCAGCUGAGCUCAAGGCGUCCAUCGAGGAGCGCCUCGGCAAGAAGAGGAGGAACAACGAUGAUCAAGCCGUCCCAGGAGGAGACGGCCAGUCCUCAGCCGUCACAGGUCAUGCUGCAGCGCCGACGGCCACCGCCGCUGCGGCGGGCGAGGAGCCUUCGACGGAGCAGAAGGCAUCACAGGCAGCAGCCGACGAGCAGCAGGCGAGCAAGGUCGAGGCCGAGGCCGAGCGCUUGUCCCGCGCCAAGUUUGCGGCGCUGAACGCCAACCUGCAGAUGCGCGAGGGCAAGGGCAAGAACGGUUCCACCGCGGGGGCGACGCUCGGCAAAGGCGUGGGCGCCCAGCCCCAGUCUCAGGCGCCGCGACCUGGGAAGGAGGGGCCGAACCCAGAGUCCAAGUCCAGUCGAGCUCGCGCCGCACGGCUGCUGGCAGCUCGGGAGAUCGCGGCCGAGCGGGACGAGGUGCAUUCGAGGCUCUAUGGGGGCGUUCUGGCAGCCAUCGGGCCCCAGAAGAUCAGGGGGCCCAGCAGGAGCUCGAGGCUCGCCACUCUGAGCGCCCUGAGCCCCAGCCGGAUCCAGUGCCCAGUUUGGAAAUCGGCGACGACUCGGCAACUCUACCACCCGAAAGAUAUAGUCGAUUUCAAGUCAGGCAAGUGGCAUAGCAAGUGGGCUCCGCCCAUCUCCGACCCCGGCGAGGCGCUUGGGAACGCUCUCGAGACUAUUCGGCAGGCCACCAAGGGGUCGGCGGCGCAAGUCAAGCGCGACAUGAUCGAGUGCCUAGUCACCACAGCCCGUCAGCUCAAGGUGCAAUGCCUCGGCGUUGACCUAGGAGCUGGUUCGAUAUCGACAACUCUGGGUGCAGCCUGCGGGGCGCGAGUCCGCGGUCGCUGCCUCACGACGCUGCUCGAGUUGGAGGCCGCGUCGCUCGACCCUGCGCAGCGUUUCAUCACUGGUACGUCCCGGCAGUGGCUGACGAACUGGCGUCGGCACCCCGAGGCGCGACCAGGUAUCAUUCGGGCGGGGGAUAAGGUCCGCCUGAAGCUGGAGGCCAUACCCCACGCCCAGAGGUCGCACUCGCUGGCGGCCCUGCGGCCGAACCUCUUGCGGGGGGAGGAGCCCGCCGCGCCGGACCCGGCGCCGCCGGGCCCCGGCGCGCCUGGCGGCGGCCACCCCGCCUUCGCGUGGGCGGAGGCGAAGGUUGUCACUCGGCGCACUGCGGUGGAGUCGCAGCUGUACGAGGACCUGCUGCGGCAGAGCCCGGAGCAGAUCAAGAGGGCCAAGCAGGUCGCCGACAAGUGCCGCGCCGACCUGGACAGGAAGCUGCUCGCGGCCGCGGACCGCAAGGGCGCCUCGCGCCAGGUGCGCAGCGGCAGCGCCCCCGCCCUCGGCGGGUGCGCCGAGCUCGAUCGAUCGACGGGCCCACCGAGGACCCCGGACGCGCCCUCUGGCCAGCCAGGCGGGGCAGUCGCCAAGCUGGGGGCGGCGAUGGACCAGGACACCUUCCUCGAGCACGCCGUCUACAACGGCAUGCUGCCCCUCGCGGCGCUCGCGGAGAGGCCGACGGUGCAGCUCCGGGGCGGCACGUGGCGCUGCAAGAACAUUGCCGCCUGCGUGCCCGCGGGGAGCCGGGCGGACCGGCCGCAGAGCCAAGGCACUCAGAGCGAAGAGGGGAGCUUUGAUACUUUAGCGUAUCAUUCCGCCCUGGGACUUUUUGAUUUACAUUGA